UUUGUGAUUCGGCGCACGUCAAUAGUGGACUAUCCGAAAUUCAGGCAUCGUGGAUUUCUAUUAGAUCCUACGUCUCGUCAUUAUUUCCCCAUCGAAUCGAUCACGAAAACUCUAGACGCCAUGUCGUAUUCGAAAAUGAACGUGUUUCACUGGCACAUAAUAGGCGACCAGAGCUUCCCGUAUCAGAGCAGCGCUUUUCCGAACCUGAGCGAAAGAGGAGCUUUCGGGAAAUCGGCCAUUUAUACGAAAGAUGACGUCAAACGUGUGAUCGAACACGCAAAACUUCGAGGCAUUUGUGUUAUUCCAGAAUUCGACACCCCAGGACAUUCGUUAUCUUGGGCACUCGGUGGUAUUCCGGGACUACUAACUGAGUGUUCGGAUCCAAAUCAAUUUGGGCCUAUCGACCCGACGGUCGGGGAAAACUACGAUUUUAUCAGAACGCUAUUUUCCGAAGUCAGCGAAUUAUUUCAAGACAAUUACUUACACCUCGGUGGCGACGAAGUAGAUAAUUCGUGUUGGUCACGCAUUCAAGUCAGGCUCGGGCUUAAAGAAGGAAGGGAGUUAUUCAAAUGA